AUGAAGAAGAGAAAGCUGAACUCGUUGACGUCCUCAGGUUCGCAGCCGACGCAAUCGUCGUUCGCCGAUGUUUUGGAGCGGUUGAAGGAGGAGACGGGCGAAGAAGCCGCUGCAGAAGGAGGUGCAGACCUCUGGGCGCGGCCUGCACUGCGCCCAAUCGACGAGAAACGCGACUCGAUCAUCUUCCAGCAGAUUGAUAUCGAGUACCACACCGAGAACUCGAGUGGAGGCGUGACUCUCAGAAUGUUCGGUGUGACAGAGGACGGCCACAGCGUUCUGGCUCAUGUCUACGACUUUGACCCCUACUUCUAUAUACCCGUUCCGCGAGGCUUCACGGAAGACGAUAUACCAUCGUUCCUCCUCUAUCUCAACAACCAAUUAGGGGCGGGUUGUGUGAGAAAGAUCGAGCUUGUGAAGAAACGCAGUAUCUGGGGGUAUCGAGGCGACGACUGGGUGCCGUUCAUGAAGCUCAUAACAGAUAACCCUCGCAACGUGCCGAAAGUCCGAGAUGAGCCAAUUCCUUGUAUAUGCGGCUUCAAGCGGGACCUGUUCCCUGAGCAAACGACCACCUUCGAGAGCAACCUGGCGUACGUCCUGCGAUUCAUGAUUGACACCAAGGUUGUGGGCAUGAACUGGAUCGAGGUGCCAGCCGGCAAGUACAACCUGGUGAAGGAUAAGAAGUCCCAAUGCCAAAUCGAAUUGAGUGUCAGAUGGGACCACUUCAUCUCCCAUGCGCCUGAGGGCAACUGGUCAAAACUAGCACCAUUGCGUAUUCUCAGUUUUGAUAUCGAAUGCGCCGGCCGAAAAGGCAUUUUCCCUGAAGCAAACGUCGAUCCUGUCAUCCAGAUUGCGAAUAUGGUGACCAUCCAGGGCGAAAGCAAGCCCUUUAUACGAAACGUGUUCACCCUGAACUCAUGCGCUCAUAUUGUCGGCUCCCAAGUUCUUUCGUAUGAUGAUGAGAGCCAGAUGCUGCAGGCGUGGCGCGAUUUCGUUGAACAGGUCGAUCCCGACGUCGUCAUCGGCUACAACAUCUCCAACUUCGAUUUGCCGUACCUCAUGGACCGGGCUAAGGCCCUCAAGGCCAAUAAAUUCCCCUUCCUUGGACGGAUGCGGAACGUCAGGACGCAAGUGAAGGAUACUCACUUUUCCUCGAAGGCGUACGGGCAACGCGAUUCAAAGGAAACUGCUAUGGAAGGCCGGCUCCAGCUUGAUCUCCUGCAAGUCAUGCAGCGUGAGCAAAAGCUUCGUAGUUAUACCCUCAACUCUGUCUGUGCCCAAUUCUUGGGAGAACAGAAAGAGGACGUGCACCAUAGUGUCAUUACGGAGCUUCAGAAUGGGACACCAGAGUCAAGAAGACGUCUAGCUGUCUACUGCUUGAAGGAUGCAUACCUCCCGCAACGACUGAUGGACAAGUUGAUGUACCUCGUUAACUACACUGAAAUGGCGAGGGUGACAGGCGUCCCGUUCAACUACCUCCUCGCUCGUGGGCAAUCCAUCAAGGUGCUCUCACAGCUCUUUCGCAAGGCCAACGACGAGGGCUAUCUCGUUCCGGUCUUCAAGGGGGAAGGAAGCGACGAACAGUAUGAAGGUGCCACCGUCAUCGAACCCAAGAAGGGCUACUACGAUUCCCCAAUCGCCACGUUGGAUUUCAGCUCUCUAUACCCGUCGAUCAUGAUGGCGCACAAUCUGUGCUACACAACCCUGUUGGACAAGGCUACCAUCGACCGGCUCCAAUUGGUCAAAGAUGUGGACUAUAUCCAGACGCCCAACAAUGACUUCUUCGUGACCUCGACGAAGAGGAAGGGGCUUCUUCCGACUAUCUUGGAGGACCUUAUCAGCGCCAGAAAGCGAGCGAAAGCUGACCUGAAGAAAGAGAGUGACCCUUUCAAGCGUGCUGUACUCGACGGUCGUCAGCUUGCUCUCAAGGUUUCUGCCAAUUCCGUAUAUGGGUUCACGGGCGCCACUAUAGGCAAAUUGCCAUGUUUGGCUAUCUCGUCUAGUACCACUUCGUACGGUCGGCAAAUGAUCGAGAAGACUAAGCAGGAAGUAGAAGCUGAAUACUGCAUUGCGAACGGUCACAGUCAUAACGCUGAAGUCAUCUACGGUGACACGGAUUCCGUCAUGGUGAAGUUCGGCCCUUCAGAUCUCAAAGAGGUCAUGGCGCUCGGCAGCGAAGCCGCGGAGUUUGUGACCACGAAGUUCAUCAAACCCAUCAAGCUCGAGUUCGAAAAGGUUUACUUCCCGUAUCUGCUGAUCAGCAAGAAGCGUUAUGCUGGGCUCUACUGGACGAAACCCGAGAAGUACGACAAGAUGGACUCCAAGGGUAUCGAGACCGUUCGGCGAGACAACUGUCGUCUUGUGUCGACCGUCAUAGAGACUUGUUUGCACAAGAUGUUGAUCGAUCGCGAUGUCAAAGGUGCAGAAGAGUACACGAAACAGAUGAUUUCGGAUCUGCUACAGAACAAGGUCGAUAUGUCGCAGUUGGUGAUCACGAAGGCGCUCGCCAAAGCCGACUAUGCUGCUAAACAAGCGCAUGUGGAACUAGCCGAACGCAUGAAGCAGCGUGAUGCUGGCUCCGCUCCUGCACUCGGGGACCGUGUUGCCUAUGUCAUUGUUAAGGGCAUAAAGGGCGCUGCUGCGUACGAGAAGUCUGAAGACCCUAUAUACGUUCUCGAGAACAACAUUCCCAUCGACACCAAGUAUUACUUGGACAACCAGCUCUCCAAGCCGCUUAUGAGGAUUUUCGAGCCUAUCCUUGGAGAGAAGGCGUCGUCGCUCCUGUCCGGUGGUCACACACGAUCUAUCCAGAUCGCGACGCCCACUGUCGGUGGUCUCAUGAAGUUUGCUGUAAAGACAGUGACCUGCUUAGGGUGUAAAACGGCAUUAAAAGCCAAUAACAGCGUACCAAAUGGUGCCGUAUGCAACAACUGCCGCCCCAAACUAGGCGAGCUCUACCACAAGCAAGUCUCGACUACAUCGGACCUCGAAGUCCGCUUCUCGAGGUUGUGGACUCAGUGCCAACGGUGCCAAGGAUCCUUGCAUCAGGACGUGCUAUGCACGAGCAGAGAUUGCCCGAUCUUCUACAUGCGGAAGAAAGCGCAGAAGGACGUGGAGGACGCACAUGGCGUUCUGGAUCGGUUUACGGAUGAGGUGUGGUGA